ACAUCACUGGUGCCCGCCGAUUAUCACGACUUUCUAUUCUGUCUUGGCGCCUCAGCCGCAAAUAAACAACGCCAAGAGCUCAUAAAAACAGACACCACAGGACUGACAGACUGGCUGGCUGGCUUCGAAUCUCACAGUACAUAUAACAGCUACUUGGGAUAUUUAUUUACAUCCCACUCAAACAAAAAAAAACCACCAAAGGAUUCCGGGCAACCGCCUUCUUAUGCGUCGGACACUUUUCAUGAUGAGCAACAUUACUAACAACACUUCGAAACGGUUCUUUGCGCCGCUGAAAGAGCCCUUCACGGCGGCCGGCUCUCAACUGCGCAAGCUGGAGGGUGUGGUCUUUGAUAUGGACGGGACAUUAUGCGAACCCCAAACCUACAUGUUCGCACUCAUGCGCUCCGCCCUCUCCAUCCCCAAAUCCACCGACAUCCUCGACCACAUCUACUCCCUCCCCACCCCCUCCGCCCAAGCCACCGCCAUGGAAUCCAUCCGGUCCAUCGAGCGCGAAGCCAUGGUCACCCAAGUCGCCCAGCCGGGUCUGGUGACGCUCAUGUCCUACCUCGACGCGCGCGGGAUCCGCAAGGGCAUCUGCACCCGCAACUUUGACGCGCCCGUGAACAACCUGAUUGAAAAGUUCCUGACCGGGUCCGUGUUUCAUCCCAUUGUGACCAGGGAGUUUCGCCCGCCGAAACCGGAUCCGGCGGGUAUCUUGCACAUUGCCAAGGCGUGGGGGCUGGCGAGACGGGCGGGCGCGGGGGAGAGCGGUGUGCCGGAGGUGGGCGAGGAGGAGCAUGAGAGUGCUGCUGCUGCUGCUGCUAGGACGGAGACGACGACGACGAAUGGGGCAAGUACAGAAGAGGGUCUGAAAAAGACAGAGGAAGGGGAGUGGGUGGCGGAUGCGAGUGGGCUGAUUAUGGUGGGGGAUAGUAUUGAUGAUAUGACGGCUGGACGGAGGGCGGGGGCCAAGACCGUCUUGUUGGUUAAUGAUGUGAAUAGGCACUUGGUGGAUCACGAGCAUACGGACUUGGUGAUCGAGAGGUUGGAUCAGUUGGUUGAGGUUUUGGAGGAGGGGUUGUUGUGAAGGGUGAAUGGGGAGAAUCCGAGAAUCGAGUUUGACUAGUAGCGAGAAGAAAAGGUUGAGAGGAGAUGACGGAUGAUAUCCAGACGAAACAACAGUUCUUUUUAUCAGUUGUUUUGCUUGGAUAUCUCACAACAAAUUACUUCAUGCGCCCACUGAUAUACCUAGAUACCCAUCAUAGACAGUACUCAUUCUCCGAACAAAUGCAAAACGGACAAGACAUAGUUUCCAUUCUGAGAAA